ACUCUUGUCUCCUAUCUCGCCCAGUCAAAGCCAGGGAUCACCAUUCUGUCUGGCUGGCGGGCGGCUGUGUCUCCUCUCCUCUGCCGCCGCGGCUUCCUCCCCGGCCUCGCUGCCUCUGCUACUCCGCCCGCCUCCCCCUCUUUAACUACCCGACCUCCCACUCCGAUUCCGCGCUGCCUCUCCCUCGCCGAAUCUGACACGGCCGAUGGGGGUGCCGCCGGUCUCGCCGGGGGGCAGCGUCGGCUACGACUGCUCCUUCAAGAUCCUGCUCAUCGGGGACUCGGGCGUCGGCAAGAGCAGCCUACUCCUCAGCUUCGUCGCAGCGGCUCACCUCGACGACGACAUCGCGCCCACUAUCGGAGUUGAUUUUAAAAUCAAGUUUCUUACUGUUGGAGGAAAGAAACUGAAGCUCACUAUAUGGGAUACUGCUGGUCAGGAGAGGUUUAGGACAAUCACUAGUUCUUACUACAGAGGUGCUCAAGGAAUUAUUCUAGCGAAGAGAGAGAGCUUCACAAAUUUGGGUGAUGUAUGGACUAAGGAGAUAGACUUAAACUCAUCAAACAAAGACUGCAUAAAAAUGCUUGUUGGAAACAAAGUUGACAAGGAUGAUGAGAGAACGGUCACAAGAGAAGAGGGUCUUGCCUUUGCACAAGAAUCAGGAUGUCUGUUUCUUGAAAGCAGUGCAAAAACACGAGAAAAUGUUGAGAAUUGUUUUGAAGAACUCGUGCUAAAGAUCCUUGAGGUUCCAAGUCUCUUAGAGGAAGGCUCAUCGUCGGUUGUCAAGAGGAACAUUCUGAAACAACAGCAGGAAAGUCAUGCAAAGUAUGGUGGUAAAUGCUGUCAAUAGAUCCAUGCCCCAUGAUUGAUCUUGCUAUCCGUGGUCAUCGCAUCACCAGGCAAGUUCGUGAUACCAUACUGUAGCUGUUGUUGCGUUUCUUGUUGUACAUGAGUUGUGUCUAAACAAUCUGUGAGUAGAGAAGGUGGAAAUAGGGGAUUGAAGUUUGUAAAGUUUUGAAGAGUGAUUAAAAUUGGUUUGUACAAAGGGAAUGUCAUGUCCAUUCUUGUUGUAUCUAUUCUUUUUGUGCUC